AGUGUCUUCUGUAUACCAAAUAACUACCUAGCCGGAACCCAUGUUCGCCUCCUCGGGAUUUAGGGAAUGUUUUCCGUGCAACACGAAGCUGUCUAGGUUGAUUCAAGUUACACCUGGGCCUGUGUUUUGACAGAUGACUCUGUAAAGAAUACCUGGAUUAAUCAAUUAGGUGCUUUGUAUUAUGGCUGGAGCAGGGGAUGAGAAAGUUUUUGUGAACCGGAAGUUUGAGUCAGAAACUGAAAUAGAGGAAAAACGCAAGAAAAGACAAGAGGAAUGGGAGAAAGUUCGUAAACCCGAGGACCCAGAAGAAUGCCCGGAGGAGGUGUAUGACCCUCGAUCUCUGUUUGACCGGCUGCAGGAGCAGAAGGAUAAGAAACAGCAGGAGUAUGAGGAGCAGUUCAAAUUCAAAAACAUGGUGAAGUGUCUGGACGAGGAUGAAACUAAUUUCCUGGAUGAGGUUUCCAGGCAACAGAUGCUGGUAGAGAAGCAGCGGAGAGAUGAAGAUCUGAAGGAAUUGAAUGAAUACAGAAGCACUCUCUCAAAACUGACAGCAAACACCGAGACCAGGAAAGAACCAGAGAAGAAAGCAGUGAUUAAACCAGUGGAGAACAAGAACACAUUCUCUCAGGCCAAGCUUCUGGCAGGAGCUGUCAAACGCAGGAGUUCAGACACAUCAGACAGUGUGAAGAAACAGAAGUUAGAAAUAAAAGAGGACAGCAGCCAUCGAGGGAGCGAGGCGGUGGGGAGGUUCUCGGGUGCUGGCUCUGUGGUGCACCACCCCUCUGUGGCGGUGUGUGUGGGCAUUCUGCCAGGCCUGGGGGCCUACUCGGGAAGCAGCGACUCCGACUCUAGCACAGACAGCGAAGGUACCAUUAUCUCAGCAGGAAGCAUCAUCUCCUCUGUCUUGCACUCUGACCAUUAACCCAGAGAGGCAAGCGAAAUGACCCUGUGCGUGUGUUCUGUCGGAGUCAUGCUGAUGCAAGCGUCCUGGGCUUCCAGUGGUGUUUCUAAUUACCUGUGUGUUCCAUCCAUAUAGUUUGACCAACGGCAGAAAAGGGAAGAUUUGAUGUCGCUUUUGCAGAGCGAGAAUGUGACUGAAGGAUUCUUUAAGUAGACUGUGGAUUCAACCAAGCGGAAGGCAUACCAGGCUCUCAAAUGUCACAUCUUAAUGUUUGGCAGAAAUGUCAAGGUUUAUUUAGGUAGAGGGUUUUUUCAAACUCUACAGCGCACAGAGAGAACGUGAACAGCAAGAUUUUUCUUUCAUAUAAAAAAUAUGUAAACAUUAUGGCUGUAAGUUACGUGGCGAUUUUGAAAACUGAAAAUAAAUACUUUGAUUUA